GGAAUAUCGAAGAAAUAUUAAAGCAAAUGUGGCUUAUGGCUGGAAAUACCGCAAAAGCCCAUCCACAACUUAUACUGUGCGUUCUACCGAAUGUCGGAAUUCCUUUAUAUGCUGAAAUCAAGCGUGUAUGCGAUACAAUCAUUGGCGUUGCAUCACAAUGUAUUCAGGGUAAACACAUGUUGGCCGCAAAAAAACAAUAUUGUGCAAAUGUUUGUCUUAAAAUGAAUGUAAAAAUUGGUGGCAUGAAUUCAUUUUUAAGUACCAAUCAAUUACCGUUCGUUACUGAACGUCCAACUAUUCUCAUGGGAGCGGAUGUUACGCAUCCAUCAGCUU